UUUAGUAACUGGGCUACACAUCAAGCUCAAGAGGGUUGCAAUCAAUAGGAAACAGAAAGCAACAGGGAGGGAAGUAAUUGUAGAUACACGCAGAUCGCUGGGGAAUGUCCGAAUCUCCGAGUACAGCAACAAAGACGACGAAACGAAAUCAUCGCAUAGGCGUAUGGAAAGGACCGGCUGGGCGAAACAACGGACUGCCUUGAACGACGUAUAUAUACUGAUACCAAUACCGUUAUAAUAAAUGGACAGGACUUUAUUAUAGAUUAUUAAAAUAAAAAAGUAGUGCUGAAGAAAAAAAAAAAGAUUUUAUUAUCCAAAAGAAUAAAAAGCUAAUACCCAGUCCACAUACACUAUUGAUUAUCAUACAGUAGUGGCUUACUACUGUACCUGCAACAAGAAAAUACUCAGAGAGACUGAUGGGUUGUAAUAAGGAAAUGUCCGUUUAGAAAGCUCUCCCUCUCGAAGGUAUACAAUAAUAAACGUGACUUGUUGUGCACACCCGGGCUCGGGUUGCUGCUGCUGCAGCCCGGUCUUGUAUGUAAUUUAAAUGAUGCAUCCCAUCUAGUAUCGUGAAACAGGUUCAGCAACCCGCCUGCUUCUCAUUGCGACACCUCGGAGCUCGGAGCGCGUAUAGGCGGACCGGCGGGGAUGUUUAGGAGUUCAUUUCUCUUCCAGAGGAGGAUCCGAAAGACUAAGUCGAGUUGUAAUACACACCAGUAGCUGAACGUCAGUAGGGUGCUUCAGACGGUCUACGUGAGAAAUAAAAGAAAGAAAGAAAAAGGACACUUUGCAGAUUAGGAACUAAACGGACCAAGGACUAAACCAACGAGUUGAGCUCUGUUUGCAGACAAUUCAAGGGCCCUCUCCAUGGAUAUUGACACAGACUACGAGCGGCCGAACGUCGAGACUAUAAAGUGUGUGGUGGUGGGUGACAACGCGGCGGGGAAGACACGACUGAUCUGCGCCAGGGCCUGCAAUGCCACGCUCACGCAGUACCAGCUGCUCGCCACGCACGUGCCAACUGUCUGGGCCAUCGACCAGUACAGGGUGUGCCAGGAAGUGCUGGAGCGCUCUCGUGAUGUGGUGGACGAGGUUAGCGUGUCUCUGCGACUCUGGGACACCUUUGGGGAUCAUCACAAGGACCGCCGCUUCGCGUACGGCAGGUCUGACGUGGUGGUCCUGUGCUUCUCCCUCGCCAACCCAAACUCUCUGCGCCACGUGAGGUCCAUGUGGUUCCCUGAGAUCAAGCACUUCUGUCCUCGCACUCCCAUCAUCCUGGUGGGCUGCCAGCUGGACCUGCGCUAUGCUGACCUCGACGCAGUCAACCGUGCCCGCCGGCCACUCGCCAAGCCCAUCAAGCCGACAGACAUCCUGCCCCCAGAGAAGGGUCACGAGGUGGCGAAGGAGCUGGGGGUGCCCUACUAUGAGACCAGCGUGGUGGCGCAGUUUGGGGUGAAGGAUGUCUUUGACAACGCCAUCCGCGCCGCCCUCAUCUCCCGCCGCCACCUGCAGUUCUGGAAGUCCCACCUGAAGAAGGUGCAGCGCCCCCUGCUGCAAGCCCCCUUCCUUCCGCCGCGGCCCCCUCCUCCUAUUAUUGUCAUCCCCGAGCCGCCCCCCUGCGACGGGGAGGGGCCUGCCACCCUCUUCUCGGUGCCCCUCUGCGCUGACGUCCUCUUCCUCCUGCAGGGCGGCACCACACGCGUCUUCGCUCACAAGGCCUACCUGGCCACUUCCUGCUCAAAAUUCUAUGACCUCUUCAUCAUGGAGCUUGACUGGAGGGGAAGGGAGGAGGAGUGGGAGGAGGAGGAAGAAGAAGAAGAAGAAGAAGAAGAAGAAGAAAAGGAGGUGCUAGAGGAGGAGCGCAGGGGAGGGAAGGAGCCGGCCAGCCGCACUAAGAGCCUGAACAUCGACAAGGACCCUCUGGAGGGAGGAGGCAGUCACCACUUUGUCAGGAGGCAUCUCUCACACCAGGGCUCCCUGACGACUUCCAAGAGUGACAACCUCCUCCCGGAGAGGGCCCAGGAGCCGGGUGGGGUGGGUGUCAGCAGGACUCUCUCUGGCUGGGGCCGGGGCUUCCUCAGGAUGUACUUGGAGCGGGUGGAAGACCCGGUGACCCGGCGAGAGAGGCUGAUGACGGUGGUUUCCAUAGACUGCCUAAUCCAGCCCCGGCCGUUCCAGGCCGUGCUGAAUUACCUGUACACCGGCAGCCUGGACGAGGGCCGGGGGGACCUCAUGCAGGUGGCCUCCAUCGCUGAGCUGCUGGAGGUGUUUGACCUGCGCAUGAUGGUGGCCAACAUCCUCAACAAGGAGAGCUUCAUGAACCAGGAGAUCACCAAGGCCUUCCAUGUGCGUCGUGCCAACCGCAUCAAGGAGUGCCUGGUCAAGGGCACCUUUGCAGAUGUUGUCUUCCAAUUGGAUGACGGACAGUUGCCCGCCCACAAGCCCUUACUGAUCUCCAGCUGUGAUUGGAUGGCGGCUAUGUUCCGGGGUUCCUUUUUGGAAAGCUACAUUGAGGAGGUCUCCAUUCCCAACACAAACUGUGCCUGCAUGCGCGCCGUGCUGGAGUACCUCUACACUGGCCUGCUGACCCCCACCCCGGACCUGGACCCCAUGGAGCUGGUCAUGCUGGCCAACCGGCUGUGCCUGCCGCGCCUCGUCGCACUCACAGAACAGCACGCGGUGGACGAGCUGCAGAGAGCUGGAGAGGACGCAGACCAGAAGGUGCUGCUCUAUCUGGAGAUGGCUCAGUUUCAUAACGCAAAACAGCUGGCCACGUGGUGCCUGCAUCACAUCUGCACAAACUACAACAGCAUCUGCCGCAGGUUCCGCAAGGAGAUGAAAGCCAUGUCUCCAGAGAACCAGAGGCACUUUGAGAAGCAGCGCUGGCCGCCAGUCUGGUACCUGAAGGAGGAGGACAGCUAUCUGCGCUCCCGGAAGGAGAGGGAGAAGGAGGAGGAGAUCCUCCGCAAGCAGCACAUCAAGCACGGCUGGUGCUUCUGGCGCCACUCCUCUUCCUCCUCCUCCUCCUCCUCCUCCUCCUCCUCCUCCUCCUCACCCCAUGUCUCCUGAGCUGACCCUGACCCCCCUCCGAAACCCACUGGGGAGGGCCGUCCUCUGGGGACAAAACAGACAAGCAGCCCAGGAUCCCAUCCACCUUCCGUUUCUGUCCAAACUGGCUACCCGGUGACGUCACACAAGAUAAAAUGAUGAGAUUGGCUGGCUGGCUGACUGUGCUGUGUGAUUGGUGCUAACUUAGCCUGUGCUUUGUGUGUUUGAGGCUUCAAUGAAAGUGUGUGUUGGGAGGGAUGUGGAUAGUUGGAGGGGGUGGUCUAUUUGGUAUGGCCGUGAAGGCAUGGGGAAAUGGAGCACAUAGUCUUCUUAGACAUUCCAUGAAAAGGCCACUGAUUUUUACAUUUAUUUUUUUGACUGAUAAGCCACGGAAGGUAAGCUAAAUUAAAUAAGUUGUGAUCACUACAAACAAAGUAAAAAUAUGACUUGCUCAGGGGUCUGGAUACCGAGAGAGGUUUUCCAGAUGAAGCUCCAGGAAAAAGGCCACGGAAAUCGAUCCAAACACAAUUUAUUCGGCCACGGAAUUUAUGGCAUGUCAUGGAAAACCUACUAGGAUUUUGUUUUUUCUUUCAGACUGUUGUUGAGUCAUCCAAGUAGUUGUGGAAAUGACAAGAGACAGAUUGCCACGGAAUACAUGCCUGUAAACUUCAGGGACAGGGAGGUGCAGACAGUAAGGUUUGGAAAUCGAAUUAGUGGAUUUAAAAGGGUGUUUGAUACCAUUCCUUCCGAACCUCCGUCCUGCAGCUGAUUCCCACACUCCCACUGUGUCUCACGGGGAAUGUCGACAGCAGGGAGCUGGAGUUGCUUCUUCUGAGACAGAACCCUUCUUCGCUGCUUGACUGGGCAGACAGGAACUAGAGGAUGGCUCAGGGAGAAAAUAUGGAACUGGUACCUGCCUUUUACAAUGGGCUGGUACCACGGUUAUUGGGUACCUGUGCCUACCUCACUGGAAACUAGAGGUCCCUCACCUUCCUGCCUUAGAUUAGACUUAGGGUGAAUACAACCCAUCAUGCAAUUGUCCUGCCUCGCGAUGCCCGACUCAAAAAACCCUCCUUGCGGUGUCUCCUAGACUAGCAUGUUCUUGCAUUCGAAAUGAAGCUGUGAAGAAUCUUAUUCAAGCACAAUGUGACUCCUGACUUCCACAGGACAGUACCCCCCCCUGUUAUUUUUUUAAAUCCUGGAAUGGUGAGAAAAAGGAGAAGAUGGCAAUGUAAUGAUGACUUGGAAACAAAUAUGCUAAAAAUAUGUGUUGGUGCACUUCAGCUGUAAAAUGAGUGACACAGUAGCUUUAGUCAGUGUAGCGUCUCUAUAUGUGUACACAUAUAUAGAACCCCUAUUGGAAUUAUAAGGGCUAAACCUACAUUAUUGCUAUACUGAUUAUCAGCCAGCAGUUCAACUAUUAAGUUUACAUGUAAUGAUUACUCUUCUUGACCUACAGUUGCACUGCGCUGUCAGAUGUUGCGGUUUUACUGCAAGUAGCACUUCACAUAAUACAGAUGUUUUGUAUGAACUCUCUCUCUCUCUCUCUCUCUCUCUCUCUCUCUCUCUCUCUCUCUCUCUCUCUCUCUCUCUCUCUCUCUCUCUCUCUCUCUCUCUCUCUCUCUCUCUCUCUCUCUCUCUCUCUCUCUCUCUCUCUCUCUCUAUAUAUAUAUAUAUAUAUAUAUAUAUAUAGAUACACAGUAUAUAUAUAAAUACAUGGAUGAAGGCUAUAUUUGCAUCCUGAGCCAUUCUUAAAAAAAAAAAAAAAAAAAACAUUAGUGGUGUCAAAAAGUGAUAAUUCCACUAGAGGAAAAUAUACUUGAACUUUGACCCAUUCGACUCCUCGAAACUGUCACUGUCAAUUCAAACACAAAAUGUCUUGGACAACACCCACAGUACAGAAAUGUUCAUUAAUGAUCAACAAAAUGAGAAUAUGUUUUAAAAAAAAAAAGUGAAGCUGGUACAUUUGUAUCUCAGAGAAACUGGAGAAACAGAUAAUGACAUAGAACGUCUGUAAGGCACUCACACUAUGUUUAAAAAAACCCAAGUGUACUGCUGAACCUCGUCUUCUUUAAUAUUAGCAUCACAAGGGAAUCCAUGUAUUAUAAAAAAUAAUAGAUGGGUCUCUUCAGUGAGUUACAGGAAAACAAUAUCAUCUCGGGUUUCUGUGACAGUUUAUAAAUUACUUGACCUAACGGUUUCAUAGUUUAUGACGUCACAGAAACCCUAGAUGGAAUUAUUUUCCUGUAACUCACUGAAGCCCAUCUAUUAUAUAUAUAUAUAUAUAUAUAUAUAUAUAUAUAUAUAUAUAUAUAUAUAUAUAUAUAUAUAUAUAGUACAGUGUCUUCCUUAUAAAAGUUUACUACAGUAAAAGCACAGUGCAAUGAAGCACAAUGAAAGCAUGCUAAUGCAUACUUAUCCCCAUGUAUUUAAUUUAGAUAAGCAUUAUAAAGAAUAGCAAGGAUUGAUAAAGCAUAUUAACACACAUGGCAAACCAAGGUCAACGAUGUUCAAAUCAUGGGGGAACUGCACAGAUACCAUGGUAAACUUUUUAUAAGGGCUGUAACACAUAUUUAAGUUUCAGAGAGCAAUAACAUGUCUGCUGAUGUAAGAGAGACUGUAGGCUGCACAUGCAGAGCUGGCAGGCAUGUUUUUAUUCAUUACUGCGACUGCAAGGUUCAUUCUGCCUGUGUGGAGCUGCUUUCAAGGAGCCUGCUGAUUAGAGAGCUGAGUUUCACAAAUAGAGUGUUGUGGUGUGGGUUUAAAAAAGUGCAUCAGCUGGGCUGCACCAAAAGACAGUGUAGUGCAGUGCUCAGUCUAAACUAUUAUUAGUACUAGAAAUAUAGAUUUUCUUCUGCUAAAAAUAUGUCCAGCUGGUUGGGUUCUCUAUGAAGCACAAAACAUGCAUUUGUGUUUAUUUUACGGGGUUUAAACAGGACAAAGCAGAAUGGACUUCAGAAUUGAUCCCUCAACAUUGAUUUUUUGAAUGCAGGAUUCUAGAAUGCAGUAUUAGCCAUACAGAAGCAGAAUGCAGCGUUCUAGAACGCAGUAUUAGCAUCCCCUGGAUUCAGAGUGUAGGAUUAGGAGUUAGGAGUGGGUCAGUGUUAGGUGUGACGGACUGAGCUGGGGUUAGGGUUAGUAUGAAAGUGAAGUUUAAGUGAAGAGCUGUUUUUUUAGGGGGUUACAGGCAGGCAGCGUGUGGUCCAGGUGGUUAGGGGUAAGGACUGAGUUAGGAUAUGAGCUGCGAUUUAGGUUCGCAGGACAACAUCAUUGCUGUUGUCAUUUCUUUGCUGUUCACAUACCCUGCCACCAUUUAGUUUUGAGAUUUUUUGUGGUGAUUGUUUUUCUUGCAGUUAAUUUGCUUCGGCUGGUGGUGAUGCGAUCUGCUUAAUGUUGAUGCUUUGCUUUACUUCCCUUGAUUUGCACUAACUUUCUUAAUGAACUGACAGUGUUUUGAUACCUUUUUGUUAUUGCUGUGGAAUUUUUGCUAAGGAAAUGCAACUGCAGUGACUUACAGUUACAGACCGGAGGUGCAGUGUAGCCUCAACAAAGGAAUGUUUUGCUUACAGGCGCAGUAUUGUUGUUGUUGUUGUUGUUGUUGUUGUUGUUAUUACUAUUAUUAUUAUUAUUAUUAUUAUUAUUACUAUUGUUGCUAUUAUAAGUAUUAUUAUUAUUAUAUUGCUAAUACUAGUCUAGAUACAGUAUAGGUUUAGCGUUUACAUCAUGCUUCAGAUGCAAGACUCCAGCAUUUCACUUUUCUUUACCCUCAAGCGGUUUUGUUUGUGUAAUGGACAGUUUUUGCUGGUGUUUGUUUGUUUUCUGCGUGUGUUUUUGGUGGUGUUUUAAAAGCACUUUAUAUACUCUCUUCAGUAUGUGGGAUGUAUCUUGAGCCAAGCAUCUUAUAGGUAUACAGCCUGGCCAUGCCUAGUUUACACACGUAUAGAUCACAGGCAGCCCGAUUUCAAUGAAGAAUACAAUCAUUGAACUACUAUUUCAUACCCACCCAAAUUACAUUACACUUAAAGGGGUAAUAACCAAGGUUUGAGACAUUUUCACAAGUCACUUAGAUUGCGGAGUUCAGCAGGAUAAGAGGCUUCGUCCGAUUUCAAAGUGAAAAUACGAUCUUCAGAACUAUAAAAGAUCUACAGGAGAAUGCUAAGAGAAGGACGCACUUGCAAGGAAGUUGUCAUGCUAGCGAGAAGAACUAAUUUCUUUUGUAAAGACUUGGUUAUUACAAUGAGCUAGUCAUUGUCUUAACACUGUUGGCUUAUUUUAAUAACAGUGCUGUGCUUCUUAAAUAGCUCAUGAGUUCAGUCCCUGUGAAUAAACACAUGUAUAUGAAAUGGAAAGUAUAAACAAGGAAUGUCUCUGGAACUUCAUUUUGCAGAUUUCCCACCACAGACUUUACGGCAACAAAUGUUUGCAUAUAUUAUUUUAAGUAUACAUAUACUGUAUAUAAACUCAAUAUAGUAAUUACUCAAAUUUUGCUAAUGCUAAUUUCAAGUAUAUGUAACGAUAACAUAUAUUACAGUAUGCAUCUGUUGUAAUCCGCAGUAUUUUAUAAAACAACCCUCAUAUACAUGUAUGAAAGUAUAUGACAUGCAUUCGAAAUACCAGCUCUUCCCUUACAAAUACUCUUGUAAUUGUAUAGGAAACUAUGGUUUAUGAAGUAAUGUGUAGGUUUAAUGCAAAUACUGUUGUAUUCGAGGUUUUAUUAAGCGGUCCACGGGCAGUGUUAAUAUCUGAUUUACUUGGCAAUAAGGCGGUGAUGUUGAGUCCUGCUCUGUAGUCAGUCCUGAAUUGUAGAUUUCUUAGCAGUAUUAAUCCUGUGCCCUGAAGCACAGGGACACAGGGUCGCAGGGACAGGCUCUAAUAAGCUAGCAAUAGGAAAGCACUAGUCUUUGCUGAUCUGAAUGAAGCUUUCUUGGCAGUUGUUACACAGAUGUACUGCUUUUGAUUUUAGUAAAGCAGUAGUUCUGAGAUACUUUAGUUUUAAACGGGUAGCUCUUUGCUGCCUUUAUUAGGAUGCGAUCAGUUCGCUCAUGAGACUGUACAUCAUAAUAAUAGUUAGGAAAACCCACAGAUCCUGAGCUUUCCACUUCCAUGCUAUGGAAACCGGAGAAGCAGAACUGUUUAGUUAGAAAAGGGGUACUGUAUGUCCAGGUGCCCCUCUCUGUCUCUCUCAACGAAUGGAGACCGAACUCCCUGUCCACUGUCGUAUAUGGCGUUACUUGUGCCUUCUCACACACUGUUGCCUGUUUUCUUGUAAUCCACCCUUUUUCAGCCCGAUAGACGAUGGGACAGUGAAGAGACAGAGCAUGUCGUUGUGAGCAGGGCGAUGUCGUGGCUCGUGGGGUUUAAAAACCUGAGCUCUUAUAAUUCCAAAAGAUAUUUAUCAUAGCAGUGCACUUAGCAUGGCGUGCUUUUCAAAUAGCACAAGAUAGUAUGAAUUCUGCUCUGGCAUAAGAGCGAUUUCCCCAAGUAUCUACCAUACAUACAAUAUGGUUUUUUUUUUUUUUAUAAUCCUCAGUUAAUUUUUCUCUUCCUUUUAAAGGCAAUGGGAGACCAGUUCUAACCCUAAGGAGUUGUUCAAAGCUUUUUUAAAAGUACAUAUUAGACUUGGAUACGCCAGGCCCCUAUUUGACACUGCCUGACGCUGUAUGCAGCUCGUAUGAAACCGAUGUGCUCAUAACUGGCCCUGUCCUGACCGUGUGUUGUUUCGUUUCAUGAAUGUCCAGGUUCUGUUCUGUGCUAUUUUGUACUCUUGAUGUGACAAUUAAGUAAACUCUUGCACUUUUUUAAAUUAAAUAAUUUAGAGCUUCUCUGUGCAUAAUAAUGAAAAAAAAAAGUAACUACAACAAAACACUUUAAAGGGCUUUUUUUAACAAUCAGAAUGUUUUGCUGCUUUAAAAAAAAAAAAAAAAUCCUUUGUAAUAAUUUUUUGAACCACUGCGAUUUGUACAAAAAAAAAAGUUUUGCCGUUUUCAGUAUUUUAAUGUUUGACUUGACUUAUUAAAACUUUGCUAAAAUGUG